UCAGCUGCGGCAAGAGGGGGAUUUCAUUCCUUUUUAAAUAGUUCUUAAACUCACGUGAGUAUUGCCGGCUCCAGAUUAAGACUUAAAUUUUUUGAGUUAAUUUUUUAUCAGAUAUCGCAUUUGGCUUCCAGAAGAAGAAGCUCUUAAUCUGAGCUUCACGUUCUGGUAGUUUCCUCAUUGUGAAGUUUUCCAUCCCAUUAUUUUCCUCUGCUUAUUGUGAAGUGAACUACAUGUGAUUGAGAGCGUUGCAGGCAUCGUCGCAGGUGAAUCUUAAAAAGAUUUGUCAUCGCGCCUUUCAUGGCCUGAGCACCGAUGAGCAGUGGAACAGAGAAAAUGCACCAGUACACCGUGGUGAUGCCAGAGGUUGCAGAACCACCAUGCGAUUACCCGAAAGGUGUACACAGCUUAUUGAUGCUUUUGCAGCUGGUGCUGGGCGCCAUUACCAUUGGUCUCGUGGCAGAUAUGGGCAGUUACCAGGCCCAGGCGGUGCUCGCCGAGAAUGAAUUCACUGUCGCUGCCUUCAUUUCCUUCGGUGAGUCGACGGCUCUGAUGAUGAUUGCCUACGGAUGCCUCAUCACCACCUUCCUGCUAUUGGUCUCAUCGAUUCUGUCGUCAAGAAGCUUCUAUCACGUGCCCAAGUCUCUCUUUUUCGUCUUGUACCACUUGGUCUCAGCUUCCUUAUAUCUAUCAUCAGGACUUUCUGUCGUUAUCCUCGGCUACCAAAGACGUUACGAAAAAUAUUACAUAACUGCUGGGGCUCUUGGAAUAGUCAACUCGAUCCUUUACAUCUUCAGUACUUGUCUCGGUCUCCGUGCUCUGUCUCUCAAAUGAAAACGAUGUCUCAUCACCAAAGAUUGUAAAUCCAUGAAAGCGACGUGAGCUUUAAGAUACGCCGAGUCCUGCCAAAGCAAAUAAUCAAAAAACUGAAUCAGUAAUUGAGUCACACUUUGUGAAAAGCAUUUGUGCUACUGAGACACUUCGUUGUGAUUUUUUUUAUUUCCUGUCGAGAAUUUCAAAUAAGAUUUGUGCAUAGGGCUAGAGUCAUACGAUAUCGUAGAAAGCUUCCUUAUCUUUUUUGAAUGUUUAGAUUAUUGUUAGUGAUAUUCCUUUGAAAUGUAAAUAUACUUCUUCGUGGAUUUAUUAUUUCAGUUUUUUUUUUGUAAGUUUCAUGAUUUUUUUGUGUCAUUUUUUUUUAUUACUUACUCAGGAUAAGAUAUGCUGAUUCUGUUAGAUUUUUUUGUUGAAUGAAACUAUGUGAAGUAUUUCUUUGUUGUCAUUAUUUUAUGUUUAGGCAGUUAAUUUUUGUUAAAGCAUUUUAUCGCAACAUUGAAGUCGGUUACGCUGUAUUAUCAUU